GGGAUACAAUUGGACUCGUCGUCGCGGCGAGCAACGGUGUCAGUCGAGACGUAUCGGUGGCUCGGUGCUCGAUCGCUUGCAUCUGUCCCGUCCAGGUGCAUGACCUCCGUCACGAUGCGGAACCACAGGGACUGCAACGUCUGCGACGAACUCGGCGGACGUGUUGGUGCCUUUGCCACGAUGCAGAACACGAGGAAUCUGUCCGAGAUGACCGUGGAACAGGCCCGUGAUUUCAUCGAAUCGUUCGACGUCGUCCUGUCCGAUUGCGAUGGUGUCCUGUGGUACGUCGACAGACCGAUUAAUGGGGCCAUCGAGACACUGAAGAGGCUUCAGGACCUGGGCAAGAGGGUUUACCUAGUGUCGAAUAACAGCACGACGAGUUUCGAUCGAUACAACGAGAAAGUGAGAUCAGGUGGCCUGGAAUUGAAACCGGAACAAAUGAUAAGCCCGUCGACAGUGAUCGCCUGGUAUCUGAAGAAAAUCAAUUUCCGCGACGAGGCAUAUGUGAUUGCCAGCCCGGCGUUUCGUGAGACUCUGCGCGAUGCUGGUAUCAGAAUGACGCCGGAAAACUAUCCAUCGGUCCCGGAUGACGACGCACAAGCGAUAGUGAAAGCCGUGUUGAAUGUGCGAUCGAUCAAAGCUAUCAUCGUCGACUUUUCGCUGGAAUGCAACUGGGCAAAAAUGGCUCUGGCUAUAUCCUGUCUAAAGAACGACGACGUUUUGUACCUGACCGGUGCACAGGACGAUUGGGUAGUCUGUGGUAACGACAAGAAAAUCCUAGGUCCUGGACCGUUAAUUAAUAUAAUCACCAAGCAAAGCGGAAGGACGCCAAUCGAGUGCGCAAAACCCAGCAACGUUUUGAAAGAACACGUUCUCGAGUUAUGCAAUGUAAAGGAGCCCAAACGAUGUCUGUUCAUCGGCGACACGAUACUUAUGGACAUGAAAUUCGCGACCAUGAGCGGAUUCCAGAAGCUUUUCGUGGAGACUGGCCUCGACACGAUAGAAGACGCGAUACGGGACGAUGAACUGCGGCCCGAUUACUAUAUUUCGGGUUUGGAUGCAUUGCGGACGAUUAUCGAUUCUCUGCCUAGUAAUUCAGCGAACCAGAAAGAUAGUUAA